AUGACAUCUACUCGACCAAAACGAAGUGUUCGAAACCUCACUCCAGCUCCACCAGUUGAGGACGAUGCUACUAUCGUGCGCAGCACACUGGACCGUCUCAUCUACACUGUGGAUGUUAUCGCGAGAUUCGACCAAACGCGCAGAGAUGUAGCCGCUGUACAAAGAGGAGAAUCAAAUAAGACGAUGGCACAGGUUAUGACAGAGGCGAGAUGGCAUGAACAUGCAACAAAGGCAAAGAAAGAUUGCCCUCUUGGGAGUACAAAAAAGAAGAAAUAUUACACGGAAGAAGAAGUUACUGAUGAUGACGAGGAGGACGAUCCAAAUGUUCCAAGCACUUCCACAAAGCAUGCAAGAACACCAAAACCAACUCCCGAAAAGAAAGUUCCAACGCCAUCUAAAGCAAAACUAGCUGCUAUGAAAAAGAAGGCAGAUGCCGAGAAACGAAAAGCAAUGCGAGAAGCUAAGAAGUUGGAAGCGCUGAAUGAAAAAGCCGCAGAGGAAGAAGAAGCUGAUGAAAGUUAUUUGGGAAUGCCUGUUCUAGAAAACGCGGAGGAUCAACCAACCACGUCUACGAAUCACGAAUCGAUGAAUCCAGUCCUUGAAGACUUCAACGAUGUUGUUCCAGAAGUUUUGGAAGAGCAGCGCAUUCUGGAGGAACCCGAAAAUCCUGCAAUCCUCAAGGAACCGAUCAACAACACAGAAGACUCAACAAUUCUAAAAGAGAAACCGAUAAUCGAAGGAGAAGGACUGGCAAUGAAAGAAGAGAAACCGACAAUCGAAGAAGAAGGGCCGGUAAUCGAAGAAGUUUCCGCUGAAGAACCAAGUCACCAACCAGAUGAGUUAAUCACACCAGCUACAAAUAUUGAGCAGAUGGACACUGAUGAGCCCAUGGAACAGGAACCAGAGAUUCAACAACCCGUUGCUGAAACACCAAUUCCUCUAGAACAGAAGAUAGAAGAAAUGGAAGUGGACGAUCCGAAUGUUCCGGGACGAACUCAGUUAGAUAUCCCACAAAACAAAACCAAGUGUGAUGAGCCAGUCGUUUCGAACAAAGAGGAAGAAAAACAGAAUACUUCGGAGACAACAGAAAAUGAAGUAAUUCCUCCUAUUGAUGUUCCUGAAACAGAGAAGGCACCAGAUACAUCACCACUGGAAAAAAUUGCUCAACCGACACCGGAACCUCUUCCUGUAGUUUCUGAGAAGUCCAUUGUUAAAGAAACUGAGGCCACAUCAUCAGUCGUCGAUCCACAAGUGCUUGAGAAACCUGCUGGACAAGAUGCUGUUACUCAAAAACCAGUUCAAAAAGAACAUGAAUUAGUCCAACCGGAGCCACCAAAAGAAAUCUCUCCAAUCGUUUCAUCUCAAAAGAUACCAGAAACUGAGAGGCCUCAAGUACAACACACGCAACCACAAGAACAGCAACAACAAUCUACUUUCUACAAACCGGUACCAUAUUAUUCUGAAGCAGAAGAACAACUUUUCAAAGCACCUGAAGUCUCUAAACAAAACCCUGAAAGCACAGUUCCACUUCAUAAAACAUUCAAAGUUGAUUACUCGUACAUCCCAAUCACAUAUCAGAGUACUGAAGAGAUACCAAACUAUUAUAGUCGAAGAAUGAUAAAACCAUGGAUUGGGAACGAUGUGCAACUCUACCCAUUAGAUUGCGUUCCUCUGUCAGACGAUACGCCAGGACGAGUUUGGUACCCGCCGAGAAGAGCAUGCACAGAAGAAUGGGAGCCCAUGGUGGAGAUUGGACCACUUACUGAAAUGCAAACACUGGAGUUGACUCUUUGUCCCGAGUUUCUUCUUCACUGCUACCAAGAAAAAUGUGAUUUGAUCGUCGAGCGAUUGAUAGAGCUUCAAACUCCUUUUGUGCGAAUGAAACAUUUUGAGCCUAGACAAACUCAGGAAAUAUGGCAUCAAACUGGACUCCAGCUUGAGAAAUUUGAGGAAACUUUAGACGAAAUAAACACGAGAGAUAUUCGGCGCAGAAUGCGAGUCGCCUGUUUACCGAAGCCACAAUUGAAGUGCGGACCAAGGCAUCCGCAGUGUAUACGGUAUGCAAAGUUCGAUAAUACUUGGUACACCAGCAGUCGGAAAUGGCGUGACAGAUCUUGUAUGGCGCCGGGGUAUUACGCUCGUUUGGACACUGAAUAUCGUUUCACAAAUUCCAAGGAUCCCACGACUUUGAAUUUCCGAAUGCACAUGUCAGAAAUAUCCCAACGUGUACAUAAUGGAGAUCUUGGUAGAAAAAUCAGAACAUUCUAUCUUCCACUCAUCUACGAUAUUUCCAAAAAAUCACCACUGGUUCAGCAAAGAAUGAUGCUUUUCCGUGAACGACUCGCUCGUUAUUUCCAAUAUGAAGACUUUGAGAGAAGUUAUAUGGACGACCCAGCAUGUCGGGAGAUUUACAAAAAACUUCGUCCGCUUCCAUUCGAGAAUGGUGUUGUUAUUGAUGAAGCCGAAGAGGAGCUCGACGUAUUGAUCGCAUAUUACAAAUCUCGGCAUGCUGUGGAAAAUCCACCAAUUCAGUUGCCAAAAGCAGGAAAUGAGAAGCUGCCAAACAGGAAGGACAUUGCAAGAAUCACAGAACGGCUAGUGGCUGAUAUUGUCGAUUGCGUUGUCUUCCGUGAGCACACUGGUUUGCAUUACUUCCCCUACCGCGCCCCUAUCCACAACAACGCUAUUCCCCCCUAA